AAAAGAGGCACGCGAAACACACGAGGAAAUAAUUAGGCAAAAAGCUCGUUGCCGGCGAAGCUUUCAACCCUGGUGGUGUGGUGUGUGGCUGCCAUGUGUGGCUGGUGCUGCUGCCUCGAGUGCAUCCAUAACAUCCCUCCCCUCAAUCUCCUCUUCCUCCACUUCUCCUCGGCUCCACGGACGGGAAGGGACGGAGAAGGAGCACGAACCCUCAGCCCCAUGGCCUCCAUCUCGGUCCCGGACCCUGCCCCUUCCCCAACCGAGGAUGCAGAGAACAUAAGGAAAGCAGUACAAGGGUGGGGGACGGACGAGAACGCGCUGAUCGAGAUCCUGGGCCACCGGACGGCGGCGCAGCGCGCGGAGAUCGCCGUGGCCUACGAGGGCCUCUACGACAAGCCCCUCCUCCGCACGCUCCAAGACGAGCUCUCCAGCCACUUCAAGGUAAUAUACACCUUCACCUCCAUGGUUGGCGACCUCCUAGCUUCGUUGUCCCCGGACACCGUCCAAAAUCUCCAUGUCUGCGCGUUGAUCUGGUCUGGUGGUCAGGGCGCGAUGACGCUGUGGACGAUGGACCCGGCGGCGCGGGACGCCAAGCUGGCCUACAAGGCGCUCAGGAAGAAGGGCGGCGACCGGCACGCCUGGGUGCUCAUCGAGGUCGCCUGCGCGUCGUCGCCGGACCACCUCGUCGCCGUCAGGAAGGCCUACUGCUCCGCCUAUGACUCGUCGCUCGAGGAGGACGUCGCCGCCUGCCCGCUCUACAAGGAGCCCCUCAAGCAGUUCUUGGUGCGCCUGGUGAGCUCGUACCGCGACGGUGGCGACCACGUCGACGGCGAGCUGGCGAGGGCGGAGGCGGCCGAGCUGCACGGCGCGGUGGCGGCCAAGAAGCAGCCGCUGCACGGGGACGUGGUCCGCAUCGUCAGCUCCAGGAGCAAGCCGCAGCUCAAGGCGACGUUCCAGCACUACAAGCGAGAGCACGGCAAGGCCAUCGACGAGGUUCUCGAGGGGAAUCGCAACGACAAGCUCUCGGCGAUGCUGAAAACUGCGGUCUGGUGCCUGACAUCGCCGGAGAAGCACUUCGCAGAGGUGAUCCGGAGCUCAAUCAUCGGGCUCGGCACCGACGAGGAAUCCCUGACCAGAGCGAUCGUCUCGCGCGCCGAGGUCGACUUGAAGAAAGUCAAGGAGGAAUACAAGGUGAGGUACAAGACGACGGUGACCAAGGAUGUCGUCGGCGACACUUCCGGCUACUACCAGGGCAUCCUGCUCACCCUCAUCGGGGCCGAGUAGCCAUUGCCAGGAUCAUCCAAGCUCGGAGGAUGCAGUUAUUGUUUGCUACUUAGACCGUUCGAUCGAUCAGAGUGGCAAUGUCUUGUGUACAAUCUAGAGAGUGAAGUACUUGGUGUUUUGAAAUAAGACCCGUGACAGUUCAUUUAUUGGUGUAUACAGCACUAGUUUGAGACAACGGUACUUCCAUAACGAUUUGAUUUA